AUGGUCGCCUCGCCCCUCUACCUCGUCACCCUCGUCGCCACCGCCCUCUCGGUCGCAGCCGCACCCCACCACAAGCGCACGCCCACCGCCGCCGCCGCCUCGGACCUCGACCUCGCAGGCCUCGAGCCCCGAGUCGCCCUCGUCAACGGCUCGUCGGCGGCCGCACCCGCACCCGUCGAGGACCUCACAGCGCUCCUCCCCUCGGCGACGGCGACGGCGACGUCGCCCUCGGUCGCUCUCGUCACGUCGCUCGCCCUCUCGUCCGAGCUGCGCGCGCUCGUCAAGCGCAACGCGCCCUACGAGCACUUUGCCGCCCUCCUCGCCCGCCAGCUCCCGGCCGCAGCAUCGUCCGAGAUCGACGUCCACUCGCUGUACCUGUCGCUCGUGCGCUCGCGCGCCCUGAGCCACGAGUCGCCGACCCCGUGGACGCCCGGCCAGAGCGCGCGCUACAGCGCCUUGGCGCGCAGCAGGGCGAGCGCCACGAGCAGCAUGCGCAAGGCCGGCACGUGCAAGAUCACGAGCGACUGCGUCACGACGGCCCCCGCAAACGCCAACACGUACUGCGACGACGGCAAGUGCUCGUACCGCUGCCGUUCGGGCUUUGCCGACACGGGCUCGUCGUGCGUCUCGACCUCGACCUCGACCACGACCACGACCAAGAAGAGCGCGUCGACGACCAAGAAGGCGACGACGACGACCAAGAAGGCGACCACCACCACCAAGAAGGCGACCAAGACGACUACGACCAAGGCGCCAGCAGCCACGACGUGCGCCGUCAGCUCGGACUGCAGCAACUCGGUCCCGGACAACUCGAACCGGUACUGCGACGGCGGCAAGUGCUCUUACCGAUGCCGUUUGGGCUUUGAGGCGUCGGGCUCCUCUUGCGUCGCCACCUCGACCACCACCACGACUACCACGAGCGCUCCGCCGGCGACCAAGACGUGCGCGGUAUCGGCCGACUGCUUGAACGACGUGCCCGACAACUCGAACCGGUACUGCGACGAGGGCGAGUGCAGCUACCGUUGCCGCUCGGGCUUCGAGGCGUCGGGCUCGGCCUGUGUCGCCACCUCGACGACCGCCACGACAACUACUACUACCGCACCUCCUGCCGUCAAGACUUGCGCCGUGACGUCCGACUGCUCGAACGAGGUGCCCGACAACGCCAACCGCUUCUGCCAGGAUGGCGAGUGCUCGUACCGGUGCCGCUCGGGCUUCGAGGCGUCGGGCUCCUCCUGCGUCGCCACCUCGACCACCACCACGACUACCACGAGCGCUCCGCCGGCGACCAAGACGUGCGCGGUAUCGGCCGACUGCUCGAACGAGGUGCCCGACAACUCGAACCGGUACUGCGACGCCGGCGAGUGCAGCUACCGCUGCCGUUCGGGCUUCGAGGCGUCCGGCUCGUCCUGCAUCGCCUCCUCGAUCACGGCUACGACCGCCACGACCACCACCACGUCGGCGCCGUCGACGCAGACGUGCUCCAUCUCGUCGGACUGCACGACCAACAGCAUCCCGGCCAACGCCAACCGCUACUGCGCCGACAACGUCUGCUCGUACCACUGCCGCUCGGGCUUCACCGCCUCGGGCUCGUCGUGCCUCGCCGAGACGACCUCGACCUCGACCUCGACCGCGCCCGAGGCGACGCAGACGUGCAGCCUGUCGUCCGACUGCAGCAACACGGUCCCGGCCAGCUCGAACCGCUACUGCGACAGUGGCGUGUGUACUUUCCGCUGCCGCUUCGGCUACACGCAGAGCGGGUCUAUCUGCGCCUUCUCGGGCACGGGCGGCUCGAGCGGCACGUCGUGGGCCCAGUCGUCGUCGGUCACGACCCUCGCCGAGUUCAAGUCGGACGUCAUCAACUCGGGCCGGUUCUCGUGGGGCGACACGCAGGGCAACCUCGCGCUCCUCGCGCAGGGCGUUCCGGCGAGCGAGUGGACCGGUGGCGUCAAGCGCGACUCGGAGCCGGCGCUCCAGGUCACGUACCCGGCGGGCUCGAGGAACCCAAGCUUCUCGCCGGUCGGCGGCAUGGGCUUCUACACGUCGCAGAUCGACGUGACCCAGGCGACCAACGUCUCGUUCUCGUACUCGCUCUUCUUCGAGGACGGGUUCAACUUCGUCAAGGGCGGCAAGCUCCCCGGACUGUACGGUGGCAAGUCGGCGUGCUCGGGCGGCAGCGCCGCCGAGAACUGCUUCUCGACGCGCCUCAUGUUCCGCAAGGACGGCGCCGGCGAGCUGUACCUGUACGCGCCGCGCGAGAAGCAGGUCGACGCCCUGUGCGAGCUCGGCCCGCUCAGCUACUGCAACUCGGUGUACGGCAUGAGCAUCGGCCGCGGCAGCUGGACGUUCAAGACGGGCGAGUGGACCGACGUCCGCCAGGACGUCUGGCUCAACACGCCGGGCAAGGCCGACGGCGGGUUCAACAUCUGGAUCAACGGCAAGCUCGUCCUGUCGUCGUCCGAGGUCUACUACCGCAACUCGGCGGUCGGCCAGAUCGGCACGGGCCCGUCCAACAGCACGCUCGUGCCCCUCAUCGACUACGACGCCCUCCCCGACACGGUCGCGAUCCCGAACGGCGGCUUCAAGCCCGACAACGGCACGGGCGUGUUCCGGCCCUCGUUCGUCACCAAGGUCGUCGGCCCGACCGAGACGGCGACAGCGCAGCAGUACGAGGACACCAACGGCGACAUCACGGCGACGAGCCUGCCGUUCGACUGGGAGGCGCGCAGGCUGCGCCGCCGCAACUCGGUCGCGCUCGCGACGCCGACACCGACGCUCGCGCCCGUCACGCCGAGGCGGGUCGUCGCCCUCGACAAGCGCGCCGGCACGGUCGCGACGACGGUGCCUGGGUUCCUCGGCGCCAUGUGCCAGACCUUCUUCGGCGGGUCGUCGAUCGACUACAACUCGCCGACGCUGCAGCACUCGUACUUCCGCAGUUUCGCCCUGCGCAUCAACGGCUGAGCCGUCCUCGGUGCGACGCCAGGAGGAAGAAGGAGCCGUGCAGGUCACGGGCUUCUCGAGCGAGGACGUUCCCCUUAGACACUUCUUUACGACGGUUCAUAGCGCUCCCAGAGAGCUUGUUGUACUACUGCAGGUUUCGCCUCGG